AUGGCAGACCACCCUCAUCUGCUGCAGCUGGUGGAGCAGGACCACCCGGUGCUCCAUCAACCAACCCAACGCGUCACAUUUCCGCUCUCAGCGGCUGAUCAACAGCUCAUUCUCGACAUGCAAUAUUCCAUCCUCCCGCCCCAACUGAAAGCAGCCCGUGCCCCAUGGGACGGUGCAGCAGGCAUGGCAGCCAAUCAAUGGGGAUACGAUCGUGCAAUCUUUCUCUGGCACCGUGAUGAUCAACCUGACAACAUCUUUGACGCAGCAAUCAACCCAUCGUACGAAAUUCUCCAGGACUCGACGCCAGCAAGUAAACCCCAAACCCGUAUGGAAGGGUGCUUCAGUGUACCUCGAGCAUGCGGCAAAGUCGAACGGGUACUGAACAUACGUGUCAAGUACCAGGAUCCUGAGGGAGUAGAGCAUAGCCAGGUUCUACAGGGGGACGAUGCUCGGACGUGGAUGCACGAGAACGAUCACGUGGAUGGAUAUUUGUAUGUCAAGCCGAAGUAUGGCAAGUGUACAGGGUUUCGACAGUUCAAGAGUAAGGCGGAAGCGGAGGCGCAUUAUAGGCAGCACGGGGAGUAA